AUGGCUGAGGAGGAAGACUUCUACGUGCGCUACUACGUUGGUCACAAGGGCAAGUUUGGGCACGAGUUCUUGGAGUUUGAGUUCCGGCCAGAUGGACGUCUUCGCUAUGCAAACAACUCCAAUUACAAAAAUGAUGUGAUGAUCCGCAAAGAGGCCCACGUCACUUCAGCAGUGAUGAAGGAGCUCAGGAAGAUGAUUGAAGACAGCGAGAUCUUGAAGGAAGAUGACAACCACUGGCCUGCCCCAGACCGCAUUGGCCGACAAGAACUUGAGGUCGUUUGUGGAAAGGAACACAUUUCUUUCACGACUUCCAAGAUCGGCUCCUUAGCAGAUGUGCAGGCUUCCAAGGAUCCGGAAGGACUUCGUGUCUUCUACUACCUGGUGCAGGAUCUCAAGUGCUUCGUGUUCAGCCUGAUCGGAUUGCAUUUCAGGAUCAAGACAGCCUGCUUUGGGAUGUUUCGCAUUUUUGGCACUUUGUCGAAGCUCAAGCUGCGAGAUGACCCUGGACCGCCUGGUGAGGCAUGGAGAAGCGAGAAAGCCCUGACGCCGAUGCCCAGGAUGCCCAUUGCUCAUGCAGCACCAGUGAAAGUUCUGCCACCUCCACCUUUAGUGGACGAGAUGGAAGAAUUUGACAAGCUGCUCUUGCAGAUUGAGGCCCAUGACAAUGGUGGUUCAAUACUUGCGCGAACCAUCUUGUUCAGGGUGGCCAAGGGUAGUUGUUUGCUCAUGAUGCAUGGGACGGCCUCCUUGAGGUCAAAGUUUUGCUUUGUGCUAGCCACCUUGAGCACUUGUGUUCGAGGUCAGGUGAUCGGAAGAUAUCCUGGAGUUCAAUAUGAAGCUUUGAGAGACGAUCACUGCUUUGACCCCAAGGGAGCGGCAAAGUCCACGUUGUACUGCAGCAAAAAUGCUGGUGAUCAUGGCAGGCAAGUCUGUAAGGAAGCUGGAGGCAAAUAUGAUGAUCAAAUCGCUGCCAGCAAGAAAGCCUGCAUUGAUAGAUGCACUGAAGAGGGCGAUGUUUGUGUGGGUAUUCGAUGGCAAGCAGUAGUGCAGCACUGCACCAUCCUCUAUGGAGUUUGCGAAGACUCCAACGAUGGCAAAAACUUUCGGAGCGAAUACUGGAGAAAACUGCAAAAUUCGGACUUUGAAACGCCAAAUGUUGGACUUUCAACCUGCAAUGGCACCAUGCUUCCUUGUAGUGACGAUGGGACAGACCCUUGUGAAGCUCAGGAAGAUUGUAUGAAAAUGUAUCAUGGCUGUGGAGAUGGUUUCAUGCAGUGCAGUCUUGAUGUUUUAGGCGCUUGCAGAGGUGUUCAGCAAUGCUAUCAGCCAUGUGUUGGACGAAUGAUCACUGGAAAGGUUGAUUGCAAAGAGCUGAACAGAGCGACAUGUCUCCACAGCUUUGUGGAAAGAUCCGACGGCUUGGGUGAAGAGUGCAUGCUAGUGGAUGAGAGGUCUUGUUCAGCGAGAAAAACUUGUGGGGUGAUCUAUCCAGAGUAA